GUUAACAUUAGUAUAAAGGACACAACACACAUUUUACAGUCUGCUUAUCAUGGACAGCUUUUUGCCCCAAAGCUACUCGACCUUGCAGCAAAUAUUAUGUGAACUUGCUCUUCCCAAGACUAGAGACCGUACUCAAAACCCUAGAAAAGAUGUUGGCAGGUGUGAUGUAAUAAUCUGUGUCAUGGCAUCUCCUGAUAAAUACCUCUCACUUUUGCUGGCUGGUGGCAAGAAAUGCCCAGGUCGAAUGUUGCUCUGCCUGUGCCCCUCCUGGGUGUGCAGAUCCCCCUCCAACACCCAAUCAGGCCUGUUCUCCCUGUUUAUCCUGAAGGCUGUUACCUUUGAGGCUGGGGGCUAUACUUACCUGGACACCUUCGGUUCUCCCUGUCGUGUCAUGUACCUCCUAGAAGAUGGCUCAAUGGGCCCCUCUGUGGGGGAGGGGCUGGACUGCCUGACCUGCAGCUCUCCCCAACUCAAUACCCUCACUGAGGAUGUUCUGUUGAACUACCAGCUCUUGGGGGGGAAGGGGGUCCCUCUCCCUCCUAUGCUGGCCCUCUCCUAUCGCCCUCCAGAGGGGUUAGUCUCCUCUCACCCUUCCCUCAUGCUCCACCCUACACAAGAAAAGGAAGAUCUACAGGAAUCUAUGGAGAAGGUCAUCAGUGACUUUCUUCAACAGCCGGAGGUACAAGGUUCUGACAAAGUGUUGGUGCAGCUCUCCACCUCUGGCUGGGGCUCCCAGGAGAGUGCUGCUGUUUUGAGGCGAGAGGACAGGGAGGGGUUGCUGAGAGCUGCAGCUGCCCUGGUCCCACAGAUGAGAGAGGGAGAGGCCAUUCUGCUGACAGCCUGCUACCCCUCCAUUCAACCUCUCCAAAGAACUAUGGUUAAGAACUCACUAUUCAAAGAACCCACUGUGAAGAAGGAACAGCUCUUCCUUCAUAUCAAUGCCCAGGUGUGUCGAACACCAGAUGACCAGCCUCAAGUGACUCAGAUGCUGUGUUGGGUUGACCGAGCAGAGACCCACCCGAGAGCUGGUCCCAGCAGACUGCAGAGCCUGGAGGAAACUUUAAGAGACUGGGGCUUGUCUCAGCUUGAUGACAUAAUUUCAUCCCUUGAGAAAUGGGCAAAGACAGCCCUGCAAGCUAUUAUGGACCACCAGUCAGAGUUAGAGGUCACAAAAAAGGGGGGACUUCAUGCAAGGACAGAUUUGAUUGGAGUUGAUUUUUCCCUGGGGAAGAUGGAUGGUGAGCUGCUGCCUUUCCUCCUGGGGAUAAAAAAUGUUUCAAGGGGAAUGUUCAGCACUCCAAAUAGCCUUCUUCAUCCUCAGCUGUCAUCCUCAGCCAUCGAGCCCCUGCUACAGACCAUAUGUCAUCACUCACACUGCUCCAUCCUGGCUGGAAAGACUCUGCUGUUUAUCGGAGCAGGGGAGUCAAAAAAACUUGGAGUCUUCGUCACAGCCAAGCAAUAUGGCAUUAAGAGUAUUCUUGUCUGCAACAAUGAGCGACACCCUGCAUCCGACUAUGUCUCAGAAUAUUUGGUCUACGACUACAUGGAUCACACACAAGAUGAAGUCCACACUGAGAACAUUGUGUCCCUCCUGGAAAAAAAGGGUUUGCAACCAGAUGGCUGUCUAACAUUCAUCUGCAAAAACACAAUUCUCUGUGCUUUGGUGAGGGCCAAACUGGGCCUGCCUGGAGAUACAGUGGAGGCCAUCUCCAUUGCCAAGAGGAAGAGCCACACCCAGAAUCAUCUGGCUGCCGUAGAUCAGGGCUGGUGUCACCUCCCUGCCCCUAGGCAGUAUACCGUCCGUUCUGAAAACUUUGAGGACCUGACUGAUCUCACCAGAACUGCCGAAUCUUUUGGAUUUCCUGCUGUGGUGAAGCAAGAGUAUGGAGCUGGUUCUGUUUCUGUGAAACUGGUGGAAAAUGCUCAACAGUGUGAGGAGUAUGUCCAAGAAAUGACGGCUCUAAAAACCUUGGAUCCUAAUGAUGGCUUUGAUUCCAGACCUAUGAUUAUGGAGUUUCUAGAAGGUGUUAAGUAUGUGGUGGACUUGGCAAUCUUUGAAGGAAGGCUGCUCUUGGCCUUCGUGUCCUGGUGUGGUCCUUCUGUCUUGCCGUACUUCAUCAGCUCCUCCCAUCUUAUGCCCUCUGGUGUCAGCCAGGAGAAGGAGGCCCAGAUGGUGGCUGCUGCCUAUCAGAGCUGCCUCCACUGUGGUCUGGAGAAUGGAGUCUACAAUGUUGACCUCAAACUCACUGACCAUGGGCCCAAACUCAUAGAAAUCAAUCCACGCACUGGGGGGAACUUUCUUCCCACUUGGAUAAAGGAAGUAUAUGGUGUUGAUAUCUUCACAGUUGCUUUCCUGAUCGCCUGCAACAUACAGCCUCAGGUUUGGACACCUCAACCAAGAGGAUACUCUGUUGGCAUAUCUUGUCCGAUAAAGCAGCACUUUCGUGCCAAGGAGAAGACACCGGAAUUUGAUGUCAUUCUGAAUAGUUUGAUUAUCAAAGGUCUUGUGAAAUCUAGCAUGAUAACCGAUGUUAAGGAUUACACUGCACCUGUCGCCACCCUUAACCUGUCAAGUUUCAGUAAGAAAAGAGAAGAUGCCAUCAACAACAUCCUACUGGCUUCCCAAAUGCUAUGCAUAGACUCUGAAGAUUAUCCUGUAAGGUACUUCUUGGAACCUUUCAUGUAGUUUUUCAUAGUUUCAUAGGGCAUUUGUAGCCUGGAGGACCAGACCCAAUCUGAAAGAUUAAGGGUCUGGCUAUGAGUAAUGAAAAUGGCUCAACUCGAGGGGCAGGGCCCAGCAUGAAUUUGAAAAUAUCACUGCACGCAAUUGGAUAACACUAUGAGCAAUGUUUCCAGACAUCUAUGUCACAGCGCUAUCGUCCUCUGUUUAGCUCGCCUCUGGCCCGCCUAUAUCAUCUGCCGAUGUGAUUGGUGCAGCUUGGUUUCAUGGGCAUAAGUAAUGAACAUCAAUACUCAUCGCCAGAGUUACUUGCUGAGCAAAUUCAAAUUUAGCUCUCGGGAGAACUUUUUUUUUUCCAGGGUAGGACAUUUCAGGUUAACUAGGACCAGCUGCAGAACGAGCUGCAGCUCACUGAUGAAGAAUGCCAAGCACCAUGUAAUUCAAAUGACACAUGCUACUUUUCAAAAUUCUAUAUAUGAAAUUUAUAUAUAGAAUUUAUAUAUAGAAUUCUUUGUGUUUUUAGACUUCUUGAAGAUGAAAUAUACUGGCAUUAAUGGAAAUUGUGUUUAGCCCAAGUCAAACACUGGGUUUCCACUGCCAAACUAGAUGUUAAAUAUGUAUUUGAAGCUAAAGGGGGUCAAGUGGGUGUAGGUAUUGAAUGUUUUUACAUGUAAAGGUAAAUAAUAUUUAGGUAGAUGAUGGUUGAUUAUCUCAGAAUGUCUGAAAUAUUAGGUAUCCAUUAUGUUUUAAUGUCUGGAACAUGAAUAUAUUUGGGCCUGUUAUAAAAUAAUAAAAAUGACUCUUUUAAUCACA